AUGUAUUCAAGUUACUUCUCAGGUAACCAUGAAUGGCUUGCAGUACUGCCCACUAGUGUUUUUGAGGCUAUCAGUCCGGUCUCCACACAUGGUUUAGCCCUUGUUGGAAUUAUUGCAGGGGUCGCUCUUGGAGUUUGGGUUCUUUGGCUAUCGGUUGUCCGCAUAUGCAAACUCAAAGCAAAUAUUGAUAGGACCUCUGAAUCUGCCCCUCUGAUAAACCCAGACCUACGGACUGAUCUUCAGAGGCAUCAUACUGUCACUGCGUCAGGCAGCGACACCUUACUCUGUUCCAUCUGUGCGAAUCUAGAUUUUUAUCAGAUCUUCCUUGAUGGCAUCCCAGAGACGGAGAAGAUCCCGCUUGGUUCACUCUCAACCAUCUUAGAGAGAUCCUAUCAAUGCAGUUUCUGUCGCCUCAUAUCCUUUCAUUUUUCUCACGUCGAUCUCUCAGGGAUCGAGUGUGGGAUGUUCUCAAUGAAUUGUGGUUGUCUUCGCGAGCCCUUUUAUCGACCUAAAUUCCAUUGCUACCGCCUCCACAUGAUCAUUAUGAAGGACCCAGAUCACCUUUUGGAGAAAUAUCCAGCUUUUGGGGCAGCCGGUCUGCCAACCAUUCACCUCAUGCAAGAAGAUGCUUUCAAGUUUGGGAGACCGCCCGAUCUUCAUGGCCGCAGGAAGUGGAUUAAGCUGUGCCAGGAGAAACAUGGAGAUGUAUGCACCGGGAAUGUUUGGAGAACCGACAGGAAGCUGCCGGGGUUUGUGAGAGUGGUGGAUGUAGUGUCGAUGGCCGUGGUUCCUGCACCUUCUGGCCGUCGUUAUGUCUCCCUCAGUUACGUAUGGGGAGGCAUCGGCACAGAGUAUUGGACGACGAAGGAUAAUAUAACGGAGCGCUCCAAGCCUGGCGGGUUGAACACGGCAAACCUUCCUGACACUAUCACUGAUUCGAUUCUAUUCGUUCGACAACUUGGUGAACGUUACAUAUGGAUCGACGCUCUAUGCAUCAUUCAAGAUGAUUUAAAGGACAAGUCCACUCAGCUACACGCUAUGGAUUCGGUCUACGGUCUAUCUCAUCUCACGAUCAUCGCUGCUGGCAGCACGACAGCUCGAGAUCCUCUCCCAGGAUGCCGUCCACGAACUAGAACACUACAACAACAUAUCGAGGUUGUUCAAGGACUUCAUCUCUGUGUGGCUCCUCCAAGACUUCGGGAGGCUAUCACUCUGUCCGCAUGGAAUACGCGUUGUUGGACCUGUCAAGAGAGCGUGCUCUCCCGCCGAAGGAUAUACUUCACUGGGCAGCAAGUCUACUUUGACUGCCGGCGCGAUACCUUCUGCGAAGACAUCAUCGCCGAAAGUGAGCACCCACGCUCCCGCAGCUUUCUCCAGUUAUCAUCAGGGCAAACUUUUCCAACCCUUCACUCCUUUGAGAGUUACGUGUGGGCCGUUGAGGCGUGUACACGACGCAGUCUCACCAUAGAAUCAGACAUUGUUGAUGCUCUCACUGGUGUGACAAAUGCUUUGGCGAUAGCGUUUGGGCUUGGUGACCCCGCGAGAGCCUUUCAAUAUGGAAUGAUGUUGACCGACCUGCAUCACGCGCUUCUCUGGCAACACGAUCCAUACACACCUCGCGCUCGUCGUGCGCCCCCUGACGGAGGCAGCUCACCUUGGUCUUCUUGGGCAUGGGCUACGUGGCGUGGCGCUGUUAUCUAUAAGGCAGCGGAUGUCAAUUAUAGUGGCGAACCGACGGUGAAGGAACCGUUUGUUGAUCCUUGGUACAUCCUCGAUGUUCGCCGAGCCCCCCGGUCCGCGUAUUCUUCUCCACGAGGAAUCUUAGACCCAACGGAGCUGACACUUGACAUCCAUCGACCGCUCAAACCAGGCACCCUCAUUUUCCGCACAACUUCCUGCCAGUUUGGCAUUGCACGGCGAGGUGAUGAAGAAUCAAGUGAAUGUGUCCACUAUGGUCACUUCAAUAUUUUCUCCACUACAUCUUCCCCUCCCACUUGGGUUGGCAGUACCAUAUUGCCGUUGUGCCCUCCCCCGCCGACUUGUCUCGAGUUCAUCGUCCUUUCCCGUGAUCCCGAUAAAUUUAUAUAUUACCAUGAAUGCUUGCUAAAUGUGAUGGCGGUUAGUCAGAAUGAGGGCUUGAUGGAACGUGUUGGGUUGGGCGUCAUUCAUGAAGCUGCCUGGAUUGCUUCAAGGCCGGAGGAGAAGGUAGUGUUUCUUCGAUAA